AUGCGGCCGCAGCACGCGCACGGCCAGGACUUCAAGGGCUUCGUGGACAGCGCGUCCAUCGACGCCGACGGCCCCGUGCGCGACGACAAAGCAGGCGGCGUUACGGUGCACUCGAGCGUGUCCAUGAAGAGGGGCCAGGAUGUCGCCAAGGAUGAGAUGGUGGUGUCGGUGGUGACCACCAAGAGCGUCACCCACGAGGCGCCGACCACGCUGCCGCCUAACCACCGGGACGACGGCAGGGAGGCCAGCCAGGUGCAGAUCGGCGCCCCACCCGCCAGCAGCGCCGCCGAUGACGUCAAGGCCACCAGGGUGGCCCCGACGGCCGAGCAGGCCAACGCCACGGAGAGCUGGGUCAUUGUGGCGUCCGUGCAGACGAGCCGCAGCGUGUCCGGCGCGCGGUUCAUCCCGCACAGCGCCGUCACCCAGGACGAGCACCCGCUGCAGUCGCUGCAGCAGCAGGACGAGACCACCACGGCGGCCGCCAGCACCGCCAGCACCCCCACAUCCACGGCCUCCGCCACCCCACCGCCGGCGAGCAGCCCCGAGCCCGGCGCGCAGGCCGCCACGCCCAAGGCCAUCUCCACCGAGAGCAUCAUCGACAAGCUGGACCGCGUGCAGUCCGAGCUGUCGAGCGGUUUCCUCUCCGGCAGCUUCCGCGACUCCAAGAUCGCCGUCGACGUUCUGCCCGACGUGAUGCCGCCCACCAGCACCACAUCCACCUCGACCAGCACGACGACCACCACGACUUCCACCACGACUUCCACCACGACCACGACGACGGAGGCCCCCACGACCACGCUGCCGCCCAAGCCGCCCACCGUGCCCGUCGUCAUCAAGAAGUUCAAUCCGUCGAACCGGCGCACCACGACGACGCGGCCGCACCCCGCCCUCAGCAGCACCCUCAAGCCGUACGGCAACCACGUGGCGUCCACCACCCCCAAGCCCAGCAAGAACCUGGCGUCGCUCUUCGACUCGAUCAAGUUCGACGACCUGACGCCCGGGCUGCUGCCGGCUGGGUUCAAGCCGCGAAACGCCAAGCCCAGGACGACGACGACGACAGGCAAACCGUUCCGCUUCGAGGACCUGCUGCCGCCGGGCUACAAGCUGACCAACGACACGGAGACAGUGCAGACGCCGCCUCCGGUCCUGGCCGGCGAGGUGAGCACCAGCACGGCUGCCGCCCCCACGCAGCGCUCCAAGAGCCUCGAGUCGCUGCUCAGCAAAAUCAAGUUCGAGGAUGUGUCCGCGCUGCUGCCGAAGGGUUACAAGCCGCCGGCCACCACCAGCGAGGCCCCCAGCACCAUCCCCGCCUCGACCGCCGCCAUCACCACCACCACCACUCCCGGCCCCGCCCCUUCCAGCACGGCUAAGCCGGCGCCGAAGACCAGCGGGCUGGAGGGCCUGCUCAGCAAAAUCAAAUUCGACGAUCCGACUUCGCUGCUUCCCAAGGGGUACAAGCCGCCAGCCAGCCCUGAGCCAGCCUCGCCGACGGAGCCUUCCACCCCCUCUGCGUCGUCCUCCACGGCCGCGCCCAAGAAGUCCUCGGCCCUGGAAGCCAUUCUCAGCAAAGUCAAGUUCGAGGACCCUUCAGCUCUGCUGCCCAAGGGCUACAAACCGUCCACGGCCGCCUCCACCGAGGCCCCGCGGCAGGAAACGACGGAGAAGAAGCUCAGCAUCACCAAGGAGGUGGACAUCAGCGCCUUCCUGCCGCCGGGCUUCAAGCUGAGCACCGCGGCGCCAAGCUCCACGGAGAGGACGUCGUCGCCGUCCUCGGCCUUGGAGUCCCUCAUCGGCAAGGUGCACGUGGCCGACGUCGCCAGCCUGCUCCCUCCGGGCUUCAACGCGUCCGCCGGCACCGAGUCGUCGUCCAGCUCCUCGUCGACGGCACCCGAUGCGACGCCGUCCUCGGCGCCGAAGCUGGUCUUCCCCAGCCGACCUGGCACUGGCACUCGCAAGCCCCUGGUCAAGGCCACGUCGCCGAGGCCAAUCGUCACGCCGGCCACGCCAACCAUCCGGAAGGGGGCGCCGACGAGAGCGACCACUGUGUUCACCGGCUGGCCCACCCCGUCAACCACCCCAGUGUCGCCGGAAGUCCUUCUGGAGAGGGCGAGACAGUUGGCCGCCAACGCCACCACGUCGACCACCACUACCACCACGACCACCACGACAACCACCACCACCACCACGCCGCGGCCCACCACGCCCGGUGUGUGCGUGGACACGUGCGACCUGGCGGCCUCCAUCAAGUUGGUGGGCGGCGCCAAGUGGGUGCCCGAGCUGCUGGACCACAACACCCAGGAGUGGCAGAACCUGGCUAACGAGGUGUACGACGAGCUUGAUGCGGUCUACAGUAGCUCGGAUGAACUCAGCCGCUGGUAUAAAAAGAUCCGAAUUGAAUCUUUCAGCGAGGGAAGCAUUGUUGUGGACUACGUCGUAGAGCUGACGGAUAUAGCGCAGGAAAUCGACACGCGUGAAAUAAAGCAGCUCUUCCACGAGGCGCUGCAGACCCAGCUGCAGACCCAGCUGCCCCCCGUCAACAACAGCAACUUGUCCCUCGCGGACGACAGUGAGGGCGGUGAGGGCAGCGACGGCUGGGGCGACAACGGGGACGUCAUAGCCGCAGCCGCCGUGGACAGGAAGGCGGCCAUGUGGAAGCUGGGCAACUUUAUUUUGGAUCCCACCUACACAGACUUUUACGUUGUGCCUCCACUGAACAUUCCAACGGUUGGCUACUCGGAUGAGGAUGUUUUCUUGCCCCAAUGGGCAAUCGCAGGAAUUGUGAUUGGUUUAGCUUCCCUUCUCUUUGUUAUCAUCUUUGGAGUGACAGUGCUUGUUAACCGUCAUAAAAACUCAAAGAAGCAACCUACUCCUCUUACCGAAGAUAUGCUGAAUGAGUUGAAUAAAAAUCAUAUGGGUGGAUUAGAAAAUUACGGAGCCGACGAUUUAUACAAUAUGGAGGAUGUAUGGAACGAUAGACCAUAUGAUAAACCACCAAAGAAGCGCUCAUCUGGUUCCAUUCAAGAGAACUCUAUGUCCAAUCUGUAUGACAGUUGGCGGUCCGAGUGGAACGGCUAUUAUUACAAUGCAUAUUACGGCAACAAUGGUUCAAGCCACUCAGGCUACUCUCGAAGACGUUCAGAUUAUGACACAAAUUUCUGAGACUGGGCUUGAGUCCAUUGUGAUCUUACAUUCACUCUGGGCUCUUGAUGACUGAAAUUAUUCCACUUCUACUUAAGAUGAGUUGAUGUGUAUUAGAUGGUGCAGCAAUGGAAACCUUCUCAAAUACGGACGUUCAUAGCAAAAUUUUCAACAGUUUGCCUUUAAAUCACAAUUCAUUUAUGGGUAUUUAAGGUAGAGUUAUGCAGGUCUGUUUGUGGUGUGGACCAUAGAAAGAUAAUGUAAUAUUUUGUCACUAAGUGAACAAAGAAAAGAAAGAAAUUUUCCUACUGGCGAAAGUAUUUUGUGCUUAAAUGAAUCUUUUGACAUUUGUAAUUAUUUCCUUCUCUAGCUCUUACAAUGUUUUGAACUGAAAGUACCAUUUAGGUGAAAAGGAAAAGUAUUUAUGGACCAGAUACAAAUUAUUUUUGAAGAUUUUGAGGGUUUUAAAAACAAAUUUUUGUGUAAAACUCACCAUCAAGAAAGCCAAUUGAACUGCUUGUACUGUUCAUCAGCAAGCUUUUGGCUAAGGCCAAGUGAUUUUAAUGUUAAGUUACUGUUUGUGUUUUUUUACUUGUGUUGUUGUUUUUCUUGUGCAUUUCUAUAUUUUGCUCAAACAAUUUGAUGAAUGCCAUAAAUGUUCAAGCGAUAAGAAUAUUAGUGUGUUUCGGUCAUGCAGUUGCAGUUUGAAAUCAAAGCUGUACACUGCACACCAGGUGUAUCACUGCACUUUGCUGGUUAUGUGUUAAGUGAUUACUUAUGGUAACUACAUGUGAUUGUCGAAAAAAAAAAUCGGUUUGCAUGUUGGUAUGUGCAUAUUCCUUACAUCUUGUAAUAAGCUGAUUCAAUGGUCACUUUAGCUAGCCAACGUAUUAUCAAGGUGUGCGUCAGAAAAUGUACCAUAGCUCUGGCCUGUUGAACAAAUAUACUCUAGUCAAACAGCCAGCUAUAAAUGACAUAAGCCCCACAAUUGCAAAAGGCGUUUAUCUAAUUAUCUAAGAAUGUAAACACAUAUCAUGAAAUUGAUUUUAUAAUGAUCCUGCUUUUGCAAGAUGGCAGAUUAUUUAGUUCUGUAAAACAGAAAUUUGAUUCCAUGAUGAUUCACAGGGUAAAAUUAUAUUGUCAGAAAUCUUCUGUUCCUAUCUUUAAUUGACGAAAUAGGGAUCAGCUCGUGUAUAAGAAAUUCUCUAGCAGGUGUUUUGUGCUUGACCCCUAGGAUUAAUCACUCCUCUUUCGUGUACGGCAGUACCAGACUUUGUAAAAAGUAUGAAGAAGGAGAAGUGGGCUAGUAAAACACUCUGAUAAGAGCAAAUGAUUAAUUUUGUGGAAUCAGUUAUAGCUAUUGGUUGAAGCAUUCUGUUUUUAUAUUGUUUUUUCUUUUUGUUUCUUUUUUUUUUCACAUAAUUACUCUACAUUCCUCAUACCUUUAAAAUAAUGCUACUUAGUGUUAACAUUUUUACUGGAGGACAGAUCCGUGGCCUGAUCCAAGGUCAGACUGCAGUGAAUAUGUUAAAAAGCUUCCCUUCCAUUCAGUGUUUACAUUUUUGAUUCUUAAUGUAAUGGUGUAUACUGUUUUCCCCGUUCAAUGUCUCUUAAUUUUGACUCUGUAGUGACUUCUUGCCGGCGUACAAGCCAGCGUCCUAGACUACAAAGUGGCGUAAAUAUAUAUUUUAACAACUAA